AUGACGAAUCAUGCCCCGCUGGGCCACGCCGCCAGCCAAACCCGCAAUACUGUCCCCACCGAGACGUCCAGUUUCUCGCAAAACGGUUGGGAUCGAAGUUAUGGGACUAUCACAGAAAAUAAUAACGAUCACGUCACGCCGUCAUUAUUUGGCGCCAAGUCUCCAGGCGUCGCCCGUAUCGAAGCCAUCAACGCCCAGCUGACGAGGAGAGACCGCAUUUUUAUCUUUAUCGGUAUAUUCCUGGUUGGAUAUGCCUACGGUCUCGAUAGCCAAGUUCGAUACGCAUACCAGUCCCAUGCGACGUCGAGCUUCGGCCAGCACUCCCUGCUCGCGGCGGUGAAUGUGGUUCGCAGUGUCAUCGCGGUCGCCGCUCACCCCGCAGCUGCAAGAAUCGCCGAUGUCUUUGGUCGGUUUGAGAUUGUUGGCGUGUCGAUGGCGUUCUAUGUUGUUGGCACCAUUAUCGAAAGCAGUGCUUCAUCCAUUGAAAUGUUUUGCCUUGGCACAGUGACCUACCAAAUCGGGUACACAGGCAUUCUGUUGCUCGUCGAGAUCAUUCUCUCGGACAUCACCUCGAUGCGGUCAAGGGUAUUGUUCAGCUAUCUGCCAGCCACGCCAUACAUCGUCAACACCUGGAUCAGCGGCAGUAUCACCUCCGCGGUACUGGCGCGAACAUCCUGGAGAUGGGGCAUAGGCAUGUGGGCAAUUAUUUAUUCUGUGUGCUCACUGCCUCUUCUCUGGUCUUUAUUCUAUACUGGACGUCGAGCCCAAAAGAGCGGUGCACUGGAUAUGUACCCCAGUCCCAUGCAGUUCCUUGGGAUGCGUCGAUUUGGCACAGAUCUUUUUCACCAGUUGGACGUGAUAGGAAUCAUUUUGAUCAUCCUCGCUUUUGGGUUUAUUCUUGCGCCGCUGACCGUCGCCGGUGGAACGGCUUUGCAUUGGCAGAAACCGUAUAUCACUGCCCCCCUCGCCGUGGGCUUACUGUGUAUUCCUGCAUUCAUCCUCUGGGAGAUGAAAGGCGCAAGACAUCCAUUGACGCCAUUCCAUCUGCUGAAGGAUCGUGGUGUCUGGGCUGCGCUCGCCAUACGAUGUCUGUUGAAUUUCUCCUGGUAUCUCCAGGCUGACUACCUCUACACCGUCCUGAUCGUGGCCUUUGAUUUUACUGUCGCCGCCGCAACAAGAGUCCAAUCCUUCUACUCAUUCUUCGGUCUGAUCAGCGGACUCAUAACGGGCCUGGUUAUCUACAAAGUGCGGAGACUGAAGUACUUCAUUGUGGCCGGCACGUGUCUCUUCAUGGCCGCAUACGGCCUAGUCCUCCAUUUCCGAGGUGGUGCCUCCGAAAGCUCCAAAGCAGGUGUCAUUGGAGCCCAAGUCCUCUUGGGUCUGGCCGGCGGCUUCUUCGCAUAUCCCACCCAAGCAUCCGUCCAAGCGGCCACAAAACACGAACACAUGGCCGUUCUCACGGGGAUCUACCUCGCGUCAUAUAACGUGGGAAGCGCACUGGGGACCUGUGUCUCCGGAGCAAUCUGGACUCAGACGCUGUAUCCAACGUUGAAAGAAAACCUCUCGUUCCAGUCCAACGCAACACUCGCAAAAGCGGUGUACGGGUCUCCGUUCGAGGUUGUUCCUUCCUAUCCGAUCGGGACGCCGGAGAGGAGUGGCAUAAUUGUGAGCUACAGACAUGUUCAGAAGAUUCUUUGCAUAGCGGGUAUUUGUCUUGCGGCGCCAAUGAUAUUGUUGGCUUUUGUUCUGAGAGAUCCACGGUUGUCGAAGGAGCAGAGCCAGCCUGAUGCCGAGAUAGAUGCGAGAGAUACAUAG